AAAGACCAUAAUGUCGUUUUUAAGGUACGCUGCUGCUUCUGUUUCCAUUUCCAAUUCGAGAUCAUACUCUCACUGUCUCCAACAUUUUCAUGAUGAUAUUGUUGAUGUUGUUUCCUUCUUCAACCAAAUGCUCCAUAAGAAUCUCACUCCACCUGCCAUUGAAUUUGGCAAGAUUUUAGAUUCUCUUGUCAAAGCCAAACAUUACCCCACUGUUGUUUUCCUUUCUCGCCAAAUGGAAUUCAGUAGAGUUACUCCUAAUUUGGUAAUUCUCAAUAUUCUCAUCAAUUCUCUUUCUCAAUUGGGUCAUAUUACUUUUGCCUUUUCUGUAUUCGCAAAGAUUCUCAAGAGAGGUUAUCGCCCAGAUUGCAUAACUUUUACUACACUCAUCAAGGGUCUCUGUCUCAAAGGUCACCUCCAUCAAGCAUUGCACUUUCAUGACAACCUCAUAGCUCAGGGAUUUAAGUUGGACCAAGUUACUUAUGGGAUAUUGAUCAAUGGUCUAUGCAAAGCCGGACAAACAACUGCAGCGCUACAGUUGCUCAAACGAGUUGAUGGGAAAUUAGUCCACUCUGAUGUGGUAAUGUACACUACCAUUAUUGAUAGCAUGUGCAAAAAUAAACUUAUUUACGAUGCAUGUGAUUUAUAUUCUGAAAUGCUUGCUAAGAGGAUUUCUCCUAAUGUUUUCACUUACAAUACCUUAAUUAGUGGAUUUUGCAUUGUUGGUAAACUAAAAGAAGCAAUUGAUUUAUUUAAUAAAAUGACAUUGGAAAACAUCAAUCCGGAUGUGUAUACCUUUAAUAUAUUGGUUGAUGCUUUUUGUAAGCAAGGGAAGGUGAAAGAAGCACAAAAUGUGUUAGCUGUGAUGAUUAAAAAUGACAUUAAACUUAAUGUUGUUACUUAUAGUUCUUUAAUGGAUGGAUAUUGUCUAGUAAAUGAAGUGAACAAGGCUGAUUGUAUAUUCAAGACUAUGGUCCAAAGGGGAGUAACUCCUAAUGUUUACAACUACAAUAUCAUGAUUAAAGGAUUCUGUAAGAUUAAAAUGAUCGACAAAGCUAUAAGUCUCUUCAAAGAAAUGCAUUGUGGAAAAAUCAUUCCUAAUACAAUAACUUAUAGUUCCCUUAUUGAUGGCUUGUGCAAAUUGGGAAGGAUCUCAUAUGCUUUGGAGCUUGUCGAUGAAAUGCGUGAUAGAGGUCAACUACCUGAUAUUAUUACAUACAGUUCUAUAUUGGAUGCUUUAUGCAAAAACCAUCAACUUGAUAAGGCAAUUGCAUGUUUUAAAGAAUUUAAAGACAAAGGUAUUCAACUUGAUGUGUACACAUACACUAUUAUCGAUGGAUUGUGUAAAGGUGGAAGACUAAAGGAUACACGAAAGUUUUUUGAAGAACUUUUGGUCAAAGGUUACAAUCUUGAUGUCUGUACAUAUAAUGUUAUGAUCCAUGGAUUUUGUAAGAGUGGUUUGUUUGAUGAAGCGUUGACAUUGCUGUCAAAAAUGAAAGACAAUUGUUGCAUUCCGGAUGCUCAAACUUAUGAAAUCAUUAUUCUCUCCCUAUUUGAAAAUGAUGAAAAUGAUAAAGCAGAGAAACUUCUUCGUGAAAUGAUUGCGAGAGGUCUACUAUAAAAUUGAAAAUAGAUAAGAUGCUUAUUUAGGCCUUCAUGCAAGAUGUUUGGUUUUAAACUGUUGCUCUUAUCUUUUGAAUAUCAUUGCUAUAAGCAUGGGCCAUGAUAUUUUGGGUAAAAGGUUGGUUAGAGAAGUAGAACAUUAUGAGUUCUGAUUUCAUUUUUAGGUUUGGAAGCCUUUGGCUUUGAGCUGCUUCUAUUGUCUUUUUAAUGUCACUGCUAUUCUGAAGUUACAAUACUUCCAUUAAUACAAUGUCCAUUUGAUUCAU